AUCAUCAUCAUCACCAACGAGACAGCUUGACCUUUUAACUAGCACACUGGACUCUAUCUCCGGCCGGCGGCCAACUUAAUACUGACCCCUAAAAUGGCUUUCUCCUCAGCCCUUUUCAGUUUUCUCCCCUGUCUCUUUCACCCCGAACCCCACCCUAAACCCCACCAAACCUCACCGAAAAUCCUUCACAUUUGCUGCCAUUCCGCCACUAUCCACGGCAACCGACGUUGUCUCGAUGGCUCCUACCUUAGACGGAACCACAGUCGCCGUCAUUGGUGGCGGGUCAGUGGCAGCACUUGCUGCGGUGCUCUCUCUGGCUGACCCGGAACGGCGGCGGAGAAUGCAGGCGGAGGAGGUUGGCGGUGGGGAUAAGGAGGUGGUUAAGGAGUACUUUAACAAUAAUGGGUUUCAGAGGUGGAAGAAGAUUUAUGGGGAUACGGACGAUGUGAAUAAGGUUCAAUUGGAUAUCCGAAUUGGGCAUUCCAAAACAGUCGAAAAUGCUUUGAAAAUGUUGAAGGAUGAAGGGUCUUUGCGGGGAGUUACUGUUUGUGAUGCCGGAUGUGGGACCGGGUCGCUGGCUAUUCCCUUGGCGAAGGAAGGGGCCGUUGUUUUGGCUAGCGAUAUUUCGGCUGCUAUGGUUGCUGAAGCUCAGAAGCAGGCGGAAGCAGAGCUGUUGAAAGGUAAAGAUGAGGUAUCACCAGCACCAGUUAUGCCAAAAUUUGAAGUGAAGGACUUAGAAAGCUUAGAUGGCAAGUAUGACACGGUAGUCUGCUUAGAUGUUUUGAUACAUUAUCCACAAAGUAAGGCAGACGCCAUGAUUGCUCGUCUUGCUUCGUUAGCCAAGAAUCGGUUGAUUCUUAGUUUUGCUCCCAAGACAUUUUACUAUGAUCUGUUGAAGAGAAUUGGAGAAUUGUUCCCUGGACCAUCAAAGGCUACAAGGGCAUAUCUACAUGCAGAGGCUGAUGUCGAGAGGGCUUUGCAGAAAGUUGGCUGGAAAAUAAGGAAGAGAGGUUUAGUUACAACACAAUUUUAUUUUGCAAAGCUUGUGGAGGCUGUUCCUGCCUAGUGCAUAACAAGAGGUUAGAGCUGAAUUUUUGCCUUCUUCCUCUUCUGAACGGCUAGAUAUUAGGAGACUCCCAGAAGGUUUUUAGAGCUCUAAUUUCCAUAUGUUGUUUCUCUCUUUUUGUUUCCUCCUAGACCAUGUAUAUUAGAUUUGAUGAUCAGGUAUCAACUGUAACUUCAACAAUUUUUGUUUGUUAAAGCAUUGGGCUAUAAUUGAAUGUAGAUGUCAUCACUUGGUGAUUUGAAGCUGUA